AUGCCAAUACUCUGCUCACCAACACCGGCCCCCUUAUCCACAUCCCCGUCAGUUCAUACUCUCAGACCUGUCGAUAUCUCCACUGUUUAUGUCUUGGGAACUCCACUCUCACCCAGGGAUGAAGCAUCCAGAGUGGUCAAUAGAGUCGCUGAGUUGCUGUCCAUGUUUAACCCUGAAGUGAUCACUCAACAUGUGGAUCAGACCUCAGUGCAACCCAGAAGCUUGUCAAAGGAAGCUGAGGAACUGUGUCUCUCCCUUUCACAUCAGGAGACCGACUGGAACCUUGUGCUACUGUUUGUCCCGGCAGAUUCCCUGUGUGCCUGUUCACCACAUGUUGCUGCAGAUGUUAAAGCAGUUGUGCAGGAAGUGGAAGCAGCUCUGCAGUUGUUGCAGAAAAAGUUGCAUCACACUUUAGUCCAUGUUGUGGUCUGGAGCACAAAUCAUCAGCAGGACAAGUGCGAGUGUAUAAGAGAUGAAAACACAAACCGGCGACUACAUCAAGCAACUCUUCUGAAAACACUGCAGGACUCUCUAAGUCAUGUGAUGGAACAUCCAAAGUGGCAGAUUAAAAGUGCAGACUUCACUGCCGUGCUGCAGUCGGCGCCAGUCGUCCUUGAACCCAUCUCAGAUUCUGAGAAAACAUUGUCUGACUUAAGCCAAUUAGCUGUUCAGCUAUGGACAAACCUGCUUCAGCCAUCGACAGUUCAGGCAGAGGUCAUGGACACAAGCAUCAUUACUAUUCCUUGCCCUACCCAGGAACGACCUUUCUUGCGGACGCUGAAAAAUUCCCCGACUGAAACAGAGGGCAAAGUUUACAGCAAAGCUUCUACACUCAUACAUCCUGUUAUGGGUACAGAGAUACUUUGCACAAACCGGAGUCCAUCUCCAACUACACCCACUUCAGUUCAUAAACUGAGACCUGGAGACAUCAAGGUGGUGGCCGCAGUAGGCGACUCUCUGACAGCAGGCAAUGGUGUGGGCGCAAAGACCGACAACCUUUUGUUAGUGAUUAAUGAGUACAGAGGACUGUCGUGGAGCAUUGGUGGUGAUGAAAACAUCAGCAAUGUGACCACUCUGCCCAACAUCCUGAGGGAGUUUAACCCCUCCCUGACCGGCUUCUCAGAGGGAAUAGGUAAGGAGGACUCUCCUCAAGCCUUCCUUAACCAGGCUGUGUCAGGAGCCAAGAGUGGUGACAUGGUGCGACAGGUGCUCGUCCUCGUGGACAAAAUGAAAAAUGAUUCGCGCAUUGAUUUCCAAAAUGACUGGAAAGUGAUCACCAUGUUUAUUGGUGGCAAUGACAUCUGUGACUUCUGCACAGAUAGCGUUCUUUUCUCACCCAGUAAUGUGAUCGGUCGUAUCCGCCAAGCUCUGGACAUACUCCACAGUGAAGUGCCUCGGGCCAUUGUCAAUCUGAUAGAGCUGUUAGACAUUGUACCAUUGCGUGGUCUGCACAACGAUAACACUUUGGGCUGUCCCACCUGGUUUGUAAGUUUAAUUUGCUCGUGCAUAACGAAGCCUAAAGAGGGAUCCUCUGAACUCCAGAGGGUCAAGGACUUCAAUAAAGCCUAUCAGCAUGUUAUGAGAGAGCUAGUUGACUCUGGGCGGUAUGACACACACGACAACUUCACUGUGGUGCUGCAGCCCUUCCUCAGAGAGAUUGUCCUCCCCAAGUUAGCGGACGGCCGGCCUGAUCGCUCUUACUUUUCACCCGACUGUUUCCAUCUCAGCCAGAAAGCUCACACCGUCAUGGCUCAGGCUCUUUGGAACAACAUGUUGGAGCCAGUGGGCAACAAGACUUUUACACAAGACUUCGCAGCUGGCAUUGAUCUGAAGUGUCCCUCUGAGACCAACCCAUUUUUUAGAACCGCUGUCAACAGCAACUACACCUUUCCAGGCCCUCCCCCCACCCCGGCUCCUGCUACAAAUUGGGGCAGUGACUUUUCCUGCGUUAACACAGCUCCGUCCAACUCUGUGCCCACGUCAGCUCACAGGUUACGACCAGCAGACAUCAAAGUGGUGGCUGCUGUGGGAGAUUCUGUAACAGCCGGCUUUGGUGCUAAAGCAAAGAUUCUCCUGCAACUGAGAACUGAGUACAGAGGUGUGUCAUGGAGCAUUGGAGGAGACAAAACUCUCGAGACAGUCACAACAUUACCUAAUAUACUUAAGAAGUUCAACCCUAAAAUCAAAGGAGUGUCAAAGGGACAAGGGAAAAGGCGGACUGGCUUCAACGUGGCUGUGUCAGGAGCUAAAAUAUCAGGAAUCCCAGGCCAGAUCCGACUCCUGAUCGAUACCAUGAAGAAUAACACUGCGGUGGAUUUUGAGAAUGACUGGAAGCUGGUGACCCUCUUCAUCGGAGGCAAUGACCUGUGUCAGUACUGCAACGACCGGGCGUCUUUGUCAUCUCAGAACUACAGCCAUCAUAUGAUGACAAGCUUGGAUAUGCUUUACAAAGAGGUUCCAAAAACGAUUGUCAAUGUCUUGGAGAUCCUAGAAGUUGAAGGCCUUCGCCGGAUCAAAAAGGAUAGUCUCGGCUGCAAUGUGUUACAAAAGUAUGUCUGCCCGUGCUUCUUGAUACCAGGAGAUGAUUCCCCAGAGCUGGCUGAAUUAAAACGGUUCAAUCGGGAACUCCAGAUUGAGACGGCAAAUUUGGUGUAUGGAAGCCGCUAUGUUGCGAGAGAGGACUUUGCUGUGGUCUUGCAGCCCUUUUUUAGGAACACCGUCGUUCCAUUGAAUGCUGACGGCAGACCUGACAGCACUUACUUCUCUGUGGACUGUUUCCAUUUCAGUGAACGGGGACAUGCUGACAUGGCUGCAGCUCUGUGGAAUAACAUGUUGGAGCCAGUGGGUAAAAAGCAGACAUACAACAAUUUCACAAAUGCCAGAAAUAACAUCAAGUGCCCCACUGAGGAGCAUCCUUACAUCUUCACAAAGGUGAACAGCUUACCCAGUUGGACCACCACAGCAGCACCCACAACGCACAGCACAGCUUCACCUCACAGCUCCACCACAGCCAUGCCUCUGACCUCUGAUUGCACGGACAACGUGCCAGCGUGGCUCGCAGCCGUGCUGGCCAUGACGGGUCUUCUGAUUGGCUGCGGUGUCACCUGGCUCCUCCUCUCCUGCAGAGCCAAGAGGAGCAAGCAGAUAAUGACAGCUCCAGUGGAGAUGAAGGGCACUGUGUUUUAAAGUGCUACUUACUGUAUUUUUGCACUGGACUAUUCAAGGAUCACAACUGCAAAACAACGCUGCGAUAAGUAAAGUGAUGGUGGUGAUAAUGCUCUUCAACCACAGAACAUAUUACUGGACGCAGAGGUGAAAAAAGGUACACCAGUCUUUACCUAAAGAAAGCAAUAAAUAAGACAUCAAAAUGAUACUUCAUUAUAAAUUCUGCAUUCGAAGUGAAAGGCUUAUUUAAAUGUUGUAGCUGGUGAAACAACUGACAAUGCAGUCACCAUGCAACCACUAUACAACACAGUAGAUUUCAGGUGCAAAAUAAAGACUAAAAUGACUGGCUACACAUUAACUUAUUACUUCUUUUAUAUAUUUAAUUUCCUUAAAAGGGUCUAAGGAUAGAGAGUGGCAUUUGCUGUACAGAUUGUAAAGCCCCUUGAUGCAAAAUUGUGAUUUGUGAUAUUGGGCUAUAUACAUAAAAUUGACGUGACUUGACUUAAAAUGAAAAUGUAUUAUUAUGUACCAGGAUUUAAAAGUUAGAUAGAAGUUGUGCAGUACACUCUUAGUAGAUGUAAAUACGAAUCUAACAUGUGGCUAUUUUGUGCAAUGAUAAAUACUUGGAAAGACAAUGUCAUUUUUUGUAUCUUAUUUUUUAUCUCAAUUAUAAUAAUUCUAAAUAUUUUUUGUUAUUUGUAAUAAAUAAUGAGCAAUUAUUCAUAUAAACUGUAAUCUAGUGUGAUUGUGACAUCCGGACAGCCAGACACCGACCAGUCCUGAUAUUGUUGUCUCCUGCCUUUCCAGGAAAUCCUCCCCAUUACACCUUAAUGGUAUUUAUUUUAGAUACACAUGAGUUACAUAAGAUAUCAUAAAUUAUACAUGCACACAUCGGCCUGCAUGGAUAACAGCACAAAUCGGCCUGCAUGUAUUACCAUCGUCAUUGCCACCAGUGAGAUAGCCCACUGAUAAAACACAAAAGGGGUUAUUUUAUGACCUGAAGAGUGCUGAAAGCCACCGACAGCUUCUGUUGAUUAUGUCACAAGCAUACAGUAGUGGAAAGUACAUUUACUUAACUACAAAUCUGAGGCACUAUUUUAAAUUUGAAUUUACCAACAAAACAUACAAUCACUUGGCCAAAUAUGAUGUAUUGCUACACAUUAAACCAGGGGUGUCAAACAUGCGGCCCGGGGGCCAAAACCAGCCCGCAGGAUGACUUUGCAAAGUGUAAAAAUUUGUUAUUUUGAUCAUAAAGUAAAAUACUG